CACUCACUUCCCAAUCCCCCGCAUCACCACACCAAAUCUCUGAAAUCGAAAGCGGUUGCUGCUUCACCUGCCGAGCAAAUGGACACCGGAGCCGGGAAGGCGAAGAAGGGCGCUGGCGGGCGCAAGGCAGGCGGCGGCGGCGGCCCCAGGAAGAAGUCGGUGACGCGGUCCGUCAAGGCCGGGCUCCAGUUCCCCGUCGGCCGCAUCGGGCGCUACCUCAAGAAGGGCCGCUACGCGCAGCGGGUCGGCUCCGGUGCCCCCGUCUACCUCGCCGCCGUCCUCGAGUACCUCGCAGCCGAGCUGCUCGAGCUUGCAGGCAACGCCGCCAGGGACAACAAGAAGACCCGCAUCAUUCCGCGGCACUUGCUGCUCGCCAUCAGGAACGACGACGAGCUCGGGAAGCUGCUGGCCGGCGUCACCAUCGCCCACGGCGGCGUGAUGCCCAAGAUCAACCAGGUGCUUCUCCCCAAGAAGACGGCGGCCAAGGAGCCCAAGGAACCCAAGUCGCCCAAGAAGGCCGCCAAGUCCCCCAAGAAGGCUUAGAAAGAUGUGUCACAUUGCUUAAUUAGGUUGUGUAGUGUGGUUCAUAGUGGAAUUCUCCUCGUUCGCUGUGCCUUGUGGUCUCUGAUUGUUAGUAAUUGAAGAAUUUCAGAAGUCGCUGAUUUGAUUUGCAGAAA